AUGCAGCCUCCCCCCCUCCGACUAACAGACCUACCAGCCCUAAUCUGGCACUUCACCGAGAGCAACUUCACGACAUUCGUACUCCCCAACACGGCCUUCGCACCCCACGCAUCCUCCCUCUUCAACUGGACCAACCUCCUAGUCUUCGAUCUCGCCAACCAACGCCUCGCCGAAUCCAUCCGCGAAGACCAUCUAAACAAGCCCUGGCGCCCGCUCCCUCGCGCCCGAAUCACCCCCCGACAAGCGCAGCAUCUCCUCCUCGGCACAAUCCCCACGACCAUUGCGAUCAGCUGGAUCUUGGGGGUCCGCAAUGAAAGUAUCACUAUCGGGCUCCUCUGCUGUAUAUAUAAUGACCUCCGGGGCGGGGAUGAACUGGCCCGGGAUCCGAUCAUCGCGGUGGCGUAUAGCAUCUUCCUCGCGAGUUCGGUACGCAUUGCCAUCGGUGAUCCAACCGCUGAUCUCUCCCCCACGGGGUAUAAAUGGCUAGGGAUGAUCGCUGGUGUGAUUGUGACGACGAUGCAGAUCCAGGAUUUGAAAGAUCAGACGGGAGAUCGAGCGCGGGGUCGGAAGACGUGGCCUCUUGUUCUGGGUGAUCGCGUGUCGAGAUGGUGGAUCGCGGGUUGGAUGGUGUUUUGGAGCGUGGCGUGUACUGCCUUUUGGGGGUUGUCGGGCUGGGUGGUCAUGGUUCCGGUUGGGUUGGCGGGCUGGGUAGGAUGUUGUGUUUUGAGGCGGACUGGGGAUGCGUACGCGUGGAGGUGGUGGUGUGUCUGGCAGGUGGUUUUGUAUGCGUUGCCGGUUUGGUAUUGCUGGGUGGGUGGGUCGUUGGGUUGA